AUGACAGUCAAGGCGUUGCGAGCCAUUGCUGAUGGCAAGAAUGGCCUGGGGGCGUUUGUCCUUCAGUGCAGGAAGCUGGAUCUGCAUUACUGCGACUGGGCGGGCAGCUCAAAGGGAAUGAAUGGCUUCAUCAAAUCACUGCUUCCCAGAUUCGCAGCCGCCAACCCCCAGAUCGAGUUCGCCGUUUCCCCACGACCCGGCAAGCACCCCGUUGUCGUCGGCCACUACAUCAACGGCCGUACAAAGCCCAUAUGCGUGCGCAACCUCUCACCAUACGAGAUUCUGCAAAAGGUGGAAUUGUUAAGGGAUGCCAGCGGAGAGAAGUUGAGACGGACGAACAAGGCUGUUCUGAGCACCAAGCCUAGUGUCAGAGGCAUCUGGUCUCCGUACCACGGCAAGGGCAUGGCUGUAUGA